UUAUUCUGCAAAGUCAGUAUUUCUAUAUGUGCACGCAGAUUAUAUGUUAAUGCAAUAACUAAUAAUUGGACGUAUCCAAUACUUUGCAGUGGUAUUCAUCAAUAUCUAAAGCGACGUUUGCGCAAGUAUUGUACUAAUCAAAGCUUUAUUUCCGAAGAUAUAAGAUUUCAAAGUUUAGCAUUUUUUUCAAAAAAUAUGGCCAAUGUAUCAGAAUAUGGGGAAUGGAAAUCACCCAUAUCCAGCAAGCUGGUGUCAGAGAGCAGUGUUAAGUUUCAGGAAGUGCAUGUUGACAAAGGCUCAGAGGGAUAUGCUGACAUUGUGUACUGGUCAGAGCUGAGGUUUGAUGAAGGUGGCCGCUACGUCAUCUGCUCCAAGAAAGAGGAUCAAGCUGAUUACACGUCAUGGACCCCAGAGGGAUUCAAUGCGAGGAACAGAGUUCAUGAGUAUGGCGGGGGAGCUUUUUUCGUCAAUAAUGGCACUGUGUAUUUUAGCAAUUUUUCUGAUCAGAGAAUGUACGCUCAAGCGAGUCCAGAAAGUAAACCUGAAGCCAUCACCCCUGCAGAUUGUGGAUGGAGAUUCGCUGAUGGCACAUUUUCAACAAAGCUAGGACGCAUCUUUUGUGUUCGAGAAGACCAUGGUGUGGUUGAAAGAAAGGAGGCUAAAGAAGCCCAGAAUACAAUAGUGGUCAUAAAUCCAACCAAUCAACAGCAGAACAUUUUGGCAAGUGGCUGUGACUUUUACUCCACUCCUAGAGUGUCACCAGAUGGCAGUAAGAUAGCAUGGGUUCAAUGGAACCAUCCAAAUAUGCCAUGGGAUAGCACUGAGAUUUGGGUUGCUGAUGUUGACUCUAGUGGUGAUUCUCUAGUACCUGGCUCCUCUAAGAAGAUUGCUGGUGGAAAUGAAAAUAGUGUUAUGCUGCCAAGCUGGACGAGCGAUAAUGAACUUCUAUAUGUUGGUGACCAAUCAGAUUGGUGGAAUCUGUACCAUGUGACUAAAUCUGGUGACCAUGUGAAUCUUCGGGAAGUUGAAAAAGAGUGUGGGAUGCCGAAUUGGAUAUUCGGGUGGCAGACCUAUGAUCAAGAUCCCUCUGGAAAUGGUGAUAUAGCUGUACUGUAUGCUGGAGAACUAGGCAUUCUUAACUUGAGGACUAGAGAAUAUAGAACAGUUGAAACUGGCUUCAAAUCUCAUGAAUUUCUUGCAUUCCAAGGCAAUCAAAAGAUAUGCGGUGUUGGUGGUAGCCCCACGCAAUUUCCUUGUGUAAUAUCAGUGAACACUAACUCUGGGAAUACGGAGGUAUUACGUGAAUCAAAGAAGGUUGCAAUAGAUAAAGAGUACUUCAGUAUUCCUACUGAGAUAAAGUGGCCGACAGCAAACGAUGCUAUCUCAUAUGGAUACUUCUAUCCACCAAAGAAUAAAGACUUCACUGGGCCAGAGGAUUCCUUACCCCCCUUGCUAGUUAGAGUACAUGGUGGUCCAACAUCGCGGUGCUCAAGCAAUUUGUCCCUAACCUACCAAUACUUUACCACUCGCGGCUUUGCAGUUCUAGAUGUAAACUAUAGAGGGAGCACAGGGUAUGGGAAGCAAUAUCGAAAUGCUUUGAGGAUGAAUUGGGGAAUAACAGAUGUUGAAGACUGUUGUAGUGGGGCUCAGUUUUUGGCCGACCAAAAGAAAGUAGAUCCGGCAAGGCUGUGUAUAGAUGGAGGUAGUGCAGGUGGUUACACUACACUGGCUUGUCUCGCGUUCCAGGAUGUAUUCAAAGCAGGUGCAAGUCACUAUGGUGUAGCAGACUGUGAAGCCUUGGCAGCUGAUACCCACAAGUUUGAGAGUCGUUACCUUGACAACCUCAUUGGCCCUUACCCUCAGGCCAAAGCAACAUACCAGGAACGCUCCCCCAUUCAUCAUAUCAAAAACUUCAACUGCCCUUUAGCUUUAUUCCAAGGAGAUGAAGAUAAGAUUGUUCCUCCAAACCAAGCUGAGAUGAUGUACAAUGCUAUCAAAGAAAAGGGACUCCCAACUGUCUAUGUCUUGUUCCAAGGUGAACAGCAUGGAUUCCGUAAGGCAGAGAAUGUGCAGAAAGCACUUGAUGGAGAAUUUAACUUUUACUCUCAAGUAUUUGGUUUCCAAGCUGCAGAUACACACUACCAGCUUGAUGUGGUCAAUUUAAAGAAGUGAGUUGAGGGAUGAGGAGUUUUACAUACUACAAUAAACCAAUCCAGUAAAUGAUGCCAUCUAUUGGUUGUCAUACCAUUUUUAUAGUUUCAGAGCAGAAAUAGGAUUAACAUAUUGCCAAAUAUUAAAAAUUUCCUAUUUUAAUUUUGUUACAAAUUGAGCCAAUAUACCACUUCGUUCAUUCAACAAAAGAAGACAGGAUUUAUUGGAAAGGUCUAAUAUAGAGAUACUCCAGAGACACAAAGGAGAAAGGUUAAAAUAAAAGACAUUUGUGUGCAACUAAGCUUUGCUUAAACCAGGGAUUCCUAGUUUUUUUUUCUUUGCAUAUAUGAUCUCCAUCUAUACGGAUUCCAACAAAUAAUAAUAAUUACCUUGGACUGUAUUUUCAUAAUUGUUAGCAUUAGACACGAGAAAUGGACUCGUAUUGUGUUCAAACAUUGGAAGUUGUCGAAAAUGUUUGCUUCUGUGACUCUAUUUUCCAAAAUAGGGUUGAUUUUUGUGAGUAUAAGUAAAUAAUCUUUCGAUACUUGUUUGGGGGUACAUGUAUUUCACAUAUGUCUUGAAGUUUGAAGAUACUAUAUCCGUUUGCUAAGUUAAAAGUUAUAGCUUGUUAGAAAAUUGUAUUUUUGUGAACACAAUUAUUUGAUGUGAAAAGCUAUUUUGUGAAAAAUGUAUUUUAUUAUCCAGUAUUUUUGUAAUGAUUUUGUUUUCAAAAUCAAAGUAGCUGAAUAAAAAAUCUACGA